UAACGUCAGUGAAUGUUGACAAAAAUAGGCAAAUGAGCCAAAGUGUCCAAACAUUCGUGCUUAGUAUUCGUCAUACAUUCUUGCUGUACAAAACCAUUGCUGAGUCAGAGCAUCAAAACACUUGCGGUUGUGGAGGACUUUAGCGACCUAGCAUAAACACACGCACAUUCACACACAGAGCGAUAAGACGCUAAACAAAAGAAUUAAGAAUUAAAAAGAAAGUGGCUGGUCGUAGCCUUGCAGCGGCAGCAAUUAAUUAAGUGCAACACCGUCACCGCGACAAAAGGCAGCCACAAAGUGAACAGUCAACGGGCGAAGGGGAGGCAAUCUUAGUGUGGACAUAGGGACAAACAAGACCAUCUCGCCAUUCCACAUACUACAUUUCUAAGCCAAAUAUUAUCGAUUUAACACACCAGCAGUGUGGGGAAACGGCAGUUUGGCGGGGUCUAUGUAAUUAAGUUGGCGCAACAUCUUUUUAGACUGCAAUGUAUGCCGCUUUUGUGGCAGUCGAAAACAUUUCAACAACAACCGCGCUGGUAAUCGUGCAAAAAUCAAUUAGAAUUGAGUAAUCAAAUUUAUGUAGAUAAGAAAGCAAAAGUCACGCAAAAAAAUAUAUAAAAUUUAAACUGCUGUGAAUUGUGUUUGGUGAUCAGUUGGAAAAGUUUUAACAAAGUAUUUAAAUCAAAAUGUUGCUGCCUCAGAAGUCACCCGCAGCACAUUGGCGCUGCUUUGUGGAUCUAAUGAUGGCACCAGUGUCACCGAAGAAUCUACGUUUGUCGGCCAUACUCAUUGGCAUCUACCAACUGCUUGUCGCCCAUUUGCUACUCUUUUUGGUGCUUUUGGGUCUGGCACAUGCCGAACAAAUGAAAAAUAUGCUUGCCAUGGAUAUCGAGGAUCAGAAGGAUAAUGGCUUUUAUGAUAUGUCACCAUUUCGUAAUCAGUUGCGUCUGCGCACCGCCUCUCAACUGGUUUCCGUCACCGAAAUGCUGCUCUACAUAUUGACUGCUGUUGCAUCGGUUUAUUUGCUUAGCACUAUCGCAUUGUUUGCUGGAAUUUUUAAAAAUCGCUCAGAAUUUGUGCUUCCAUGGUUAGUUGUUGAAUUUAUAUUCAUUGUAUCAGCAGCAGUUUUGGUAUUUUGGCUGCAGAACGAGAAAUUUGUGGAUAUCAUUGGAGGCAAAGUGUACUAUUUUAUGAUAUGCUUCACGGUACUGCUCUUCGAUUGCUUGAUGUGGUACAUCAUACACUCUUUCUAUCAGAGGCUACGCACUAUGAACAAGUUGAGAGAAAUUGCAACAGUCGCAAUACCUUGUCCGCCACCGGGAUCGAUACCCUUCCACUUCCGACGCGAGAACAUGUAUCUCGGCAGCAAUGGAUACAAGCACAUCCUCUCCGAGUCGCCAGAUGGCAAUUAUUAAAAUGAAUAAAUUUUAAGAAGCGCUGCUUAGAAAUUGAGCUAGGGAGUGCACAUGCAUAGAUGCAUAGAUAACUUAGUCAACACGAAAAAAAAAUCACGAAAUCUCCAACCGCUAGAGCUGCUUCAAAUCCCGUGAUUCCUUCCGUUUAGGUACCACAUAGAAACUUCGUUUAUGACGCACGGUUACAUACACGUCUCUGAUAAAAGCAAAUCAAUAAGCACCUAAGCCUUUUUUGUAAGCAAAGCAAAGCAAACAAAAAACAAAAACACACAUACAUAAAUGAGUGUAAAUGGCAUGCAAUAUUCCCGGCCUUAUUACUAUUAUUAUAACUGCUAAUAUUUAUACGAUAUACGAGUACCAAAAGUACCAUAGUUUGUGAUAUUUUGCUGCGAGCUAAAUAAAUACAUAAAAGCUUCAACGAUCUUAUUUUAUGAUUUAAUGUUUUCUCGUAUUAAUUUCUAUAAAUAAUAUUUAGAUAUGUAUGUAGGUAUAUACGCUGUUGUGUAAGAAUAUGUUUGUAUUAUGUUUUUGUCGUACGAAUAUAUUUUUUUUUAUUAUUACCAAAGGUGCAAAUUUCGUAUUUAGAUAAGUUAUUUUAAUCAAAUUUAGGCAGUGCAGUGUUUGUAUACUUAAGAAAGCCUUAUACAUAUAAAGAAAAUACAAAUAAUGUAUGUAUUUAUGUGAAGUGAAAAUAAUCUACUUUGUAGACGGAUGAGUACAUACAUAAAUAUGAGUAGCAACACACGUAUUAAUAAUGUUAUUAGUUCCGAUGCAUGUAAAUGCU